CUCACUUUCUGACACGGCCCGGAGCCGCCUGACACAGCGGCCAGAUGGCAGAGCGCUGGGAAACAGAGAGAGAAAGCAGGUGGCCAGCGCAGAGGCUGGAGCCCUGGGGGAAAGAUAAACUCAAGGAAGCACGAGAUCCUACCCCCCUGCCCCGCCGGACGGCAUUUUCCCAUCCGGUGGAGUGAGGCCGGUAGGAGCUGCCCCCCCCCAGGACGGGCGUGAGCAGGGAAACCAGGACCCCUGUGGGAGGCGCCCACGCUCACCAUACCAGGCGCCUGAGACAUCACGGCACCAAUGACUUCACGCUUCCCCGCAACGUCCUCCUCGGGGACUGUCGGCAUCCUCGGCCGAGAGCCGCACAACGUGACUAACCAUCUAGUCAAAAGAGCAACCCUCCCGUGGGUGCCCUGCCCGCCACCCUUGGGGCUUCCUCGUCCUCCCAGCCGCCCCCUGGGACCCUUGGCCACGACCAUCCUGUUUUGCAUGCUGCUGGACCCAGCGUUACCCCUGACUCAGGAGCACCAGGAUGUUCCAACCACGGAAUGGGUCCCCAGUCUAAAUAUGAAGUUUGACCGAAGGACAAUGGAACUGAGUUGGGACUGCAAAGAAAACACUACCUACCUCGAAUGUGUGAUGAUCCACAAGGAGAAAGGAGAGAUCAGAAAAAAGCCCAAGAACAAAGACUGUCACUGCAACUUUUCCCAUGAUUCUCUCCAUGGGGGAGUCACGUUCGUGGUUAAAGUAAAUAGCACCCAAGGACCGAUUCCAGAAAAACUGGUCUACGCUAACCCAGGUGGCGAGGGCACCGCUGCCCAAAACUUCUCCUGCUUUAUCUACAACGUGAACUUCAUGAACUGCACUUGGGCGAAAGGUCGGGCUGCGCCUGAUGACGUCCAAUAUUUCUUGUACAUACAAGACUUUAAGGAAAAAAGGGAAAGAGAGUGUCCUCAUUACGUGACGGACUCAGGAACCCACGUCGGAUGUCACCUGCACGAUCUGUCGGGAUUAACGUUCCGCAAUUACUUCCUGGUGAACGGUACCAGCCAAGAGACGGUGGUCCAGUUUUUUGAUACGAUUUUGUCCUUGAAAAAAAUAGAAAUAUACAGCCCGCCCAACAACGUCAGCGUCGACUGCAACCCGUCCCACUGCCAGAUCCUCUGGGACCCGCCCAGGACCCGACACCCCUCCUCCGCCUGGGACUUCAACUACCAGCUGCGCAUCCAGAAACAGAACAACAAGGAACACGCUGGAAAUCAACUGCCCUUCUUUGCUGAACACAGGAGACCCUGCCUUGAAACUUUUCUCUUCUGUCCAAAGAUCGACGUGACUGGCAAAUCGGAAAAUAAAUACAACUUCCCGAGUCCAGAGCCCAGACCCAAGCACACUGUGACGAUACGGGCGUCAGACGCACGGGGACAGCAUUGGAGCGCCUGGAGCCAGCCCGUGGAGUUCGGCUCCACACAAGCCACCGCCAGCUUUGUUCACGUCUACGUGCUUGUGGUCCUGGGGACCUUCGUCUGUGCCCUGAUUCUCAGCUGCCUUGUGAAAAGGUUGUUUGCAUCAGAGACCUUAUUCCCGCGGAUUCCGCACAUCAAGGAUAAAUGGAGUGAGAACGUUCACACUGACCACCAGAUCAUCUGGGAGAAAUCCACCCCGGAUACAGGAAAGAUCGACCAUGAAGAGAUCCUAACCGUGGAGGAAGUCACCGUCGCCCCGGAGAGUGUGUGAACCACAAAGAUGCUUCCAGCCCCGGAACGUUCUGGAAGCCGUUUUGUCUUUUCAUUGUUUGAACACUUAUUUAUACAGCGCUGUAUUUUUUUACUUUAAAACAACGUGGUCUUUUGCAAGGA